AUUAGGAGGAACCUUCUCCUCAGUCCUCACCACAUUGAAUUGAAAAGCAAGAACGGUUGAGGGUUGAAGGAGCACUAGACUCCAGAGUGCAAGUAAAAAUAUCAAGCAAAAUCAGAACUUUCAAGUUCUAAGUUUAUCAUGUAUCAAACAACAAACCAGCAAAAAUCAACCGAUGAAAAAAGACCCCUGGAGGUUGACCAUGAAGAGCAGCAGGAUAAAGUACAAGAAACUACGUGUCAGCACGCAUUUUUCAGGCGCCCUCCCGGAGGACAUCCUCUAUUGUUUCGGAGAAAUCCCAGUGGAACAACACAUCAGGUUCCUAACCCUGAAGAUGGAUCAGCUCCAAGAGUUUUGCCUGCGAAUUCUACAUCUUCCAAGGCUGAAACCAGAACUUCGGCCGUUACAUCUGAAGCACCAACAACAGAAGAUGCUGAGGUCAAUAACUCAAAUGUGAGAACUGGACAAAAGAAUUUGAAGGUUGUAACUACAACACCAGCAGCUGAGAAUGCUACGCCUGAUAGCUCAAAUGUGGGAUCUGGUGGACGAGUUGGAAUUACAGCACCAACAAUUGAAGAUGUUGCUGCCCAGAACACAAAUGUUAAGACUGAAGCUACACCGAAAACUGAAGAUGUUGCGGCCAAUAACUCAAAUGUUGGAACCCAAACACUAGCAACUGAAAAUGCUACGCUUGAUAGCUCAAAUGUUGUCGUUGAAAAAUCAAUAGUUGAAGAGGGUGCCCCAGAUAACCCAAAUGUUGAAACUGGAGUACCAGCAAGUGAAGAAGUUGUGCCCAAUAACCCAAAUAUGAGACGGAGACAUUCAGGAAGAGUCACCGAUGAGAGCAGUCAAAAUUUUGAUACUGAAGGAUCGACGGAUGACAUUACCAGCACGUUAACAAAAAUGCUUUACGAAAAAGUUUCCCGUGAGAAUAAUGCUGGAAAGACGGAGGAAAAAGAGGUCAAAGGCAAGUCCCACUCCCAGAGUGCGUCCGUUAAGUGUUGGUUUUGCUUUUGCUACGCGGAGGAAUAAGAAAGAAUACCAUUGCCCGUUGCAAUUUGGAGGAAUUGUUGGUUUUCAGUUCCAAGACUCUUUUUCUCACUCAAGAUUUUGUGGGUUUUUGAUCAAAUUCAUUGGAGCUUUAUUUGUUUUUAUGAAAUCUUUAACUUGUUUGAAAAUGCUACAUUUCUCUGUUUUUCGGUGUUAAUACAGUGCAAUGAUUUACCUAUAUAUGUAGUUAUUUCCUUUUUACGUUCAGAUAGUUAUUUCGUUUUAAAGCCA